CCAACGACGGAGAAACCGCCGACGGCCGCUGAGAGGCCCGAACCAAGGACUAGAGCUAUUGUACCGCCAACGACGGAGAAACCGCCGACGGCGGCUGAGAAGCACCAACCAAUGACUAGAGCUAUUGAGUCGCCAACGACGCAGGAACCAGCGAAGCCGCCACAUGUCAGGCAACCAAGGCCGACACGUCUGCGAAACCGAAAGCCACGACCUACCAAGCCACUGCCAACGCCACUCCUGAGCACCCCAUCACCGACCACGCCACUACCAACAGAAGAAACGUUCCCAAGCACAGAGGACGGACGGCGCACGAGGCCACCACGAACGGCCAUGACACUGCCAAGUCCAUCCGAGUGCCCUGAAGCGAUCAAGCAGCGCUGUCGAAGGGACAACAUGACCUGCGUCAUGAGGGGGAAAAUGCCGGCUUGUACAGCGCCACCCCUGAGCACCCCACCACCGACCACGCCACUACCAACAGAAGAAACGUUCCCAAGCACAGGAGACGGACGGCGCACGAGGCCUCCACGAACGGCCAUGACACUGCCAAGUCCAUCCGAGUGCCCUGAAGCGAUCAUGCAGCGCUGUCGAAGGGACAACAUGACCUGCGUCAUGAGGGGGAAAAUGCCGGCUUGUACAGCGCCACGCCUGAGCACCCCACGACCGACCACGCCACUACCAACAGAAGAAACGUUCCCAAGCACAGAAGACGGACGGCGCACGAGGCCUCCACGAACGGCCAUGACACUGCCAAGUCCAUCCGAGUGCCCUGAAGCGAUCAAGCAGCGCUGUCGAAGGGACAACAUGACCUGCGUCAUGAGGGGGAAAAUGCCGGCUUGUACAGCGCCACCCCUGAGCACCCCACGACCGACCACGCCACUACCAAUGGAGGUCCUGUUGGCGGACGAGGUAGAGCGGCAAUUCGGCCGUCUUCCCACUAUGCUGAACCUUGACGACUGUGACGCCAUGUGGUCGGACGAGGGCUCCAAUGUAGAUGUGCAGUGCGACAUUCGUUGUCAUACAGCUGGCCGAUGGAAGCUACUGGAAGAACUGCUUGUAAAGUAUAAUUGA